AGCCUUUAUGGCUAAUCCAAUGAGAGAGAACGAGAGAGGCAGGCAUAGGGGGCGGGCUUUUCGGAACCCAGCAUUUCUCGAGUCGAGUUGUGUGGAGGAGAGCCGCGGCUGCGGCUAGCGCGAUUCUGUGCUGCAGAUGCAUUUUUCCACACGCUGAUCGUCCACCUCGCCUAAAAGAUUUGCUGUUGCUGAACCACUUGUUUGGAUAACCAGUGUGAGAUGGCCAUGGCAGCUGAGGGUACUGUGAUGGAUCUCUAUGAUGAAGCGACUUGCCCCGUCUGCCUGGAGUACUUAAAAGACCCUGUGAUCAUUACAGAGUGUGGGCACAAUUUCUGCCAGGCCUGCCUGACCCACUGCUGGGGGGAGUUGGACACAGAGGCUUCCUGCCCCCAGUGUAGAAUAACUACUCGGCAAAAGAACUUCAUCCCAGACUGGCAACUGAAUAGUGUUGUAGAGAUGGCCAAGAAGCUCAGCCUUCAAGUAGGAAAUGGGACAGAAGUAGAGGAGGGGGUUUGUGAGAGACACCAGGAACCCCUGGAACUCUUUUGUAAAGACCACGAAAACACCAUCUGUGUGGUGUGUGAGAAAUGCAAGGAACACGGAAAUCACAUAGUGGUUCCUCUAGAAGAGGCUUCCCAAGAGUAUAAGGAUGAAAUCGGCAGCCGCCUGGAGAUUCUGAGGAAGAGGAGAGAAAAUAUUCUGAUGUGUAAAGCGGGCACAGAAAAGGAAAGCCGGGACUUGCUUGAGAAAACAAAGAGAGAGAGGAAAAGGACAGUGACGGAGUUCCAAAAACUGCACCUGCUGUUAGAACAACAAGAGAAACUACUACUGGCCCAAAUGGAAGAGGUGCAGAAAGAGAUUAUCAUGAGGAAAGACCAGCACCUGGCCACACUCUCUACAGAGCUCUCCUCUCUUGAAAGUCUCAUCCAAGAGUUGGCGGAUAAGCAUGAACAGCCAGCAAGUGAGCUCCUGCAGGAUAUUAGAAGCACCUGGGAGAGGUGUAAGAUGGUGAAGACGUUUGAGGUCCCAGUAAGCUUCCCUCCUGCACUGAGGUUGCGUAUCUGGGACUUCUCUGACAUAAACCUCUUUCUGGAGAGGAUCAUGAAGACUUUUGCAGACACUCUGGUAUCUGGAAUUCCACUACAGAAAGCAAACAUCAUUCUGGAUCCAGACACCGCAAAUCCCUGGCUAACCCUAACUGGCGAUCAAAAAAGUCUGAGGUGGGAAAUCGACGCUCAAGAUCUGCCCAGCAAUCCGGAAAGAUUUGACCUUUCCUUUUGUGUGUUGGGGUUCGAGGGAUACACCACAGGCAGACACUGCUGGGAAGUCUCGGUGGGAAGUCACUCUAAGGGGACCUGGGCCUUGGGUGUGGCCAGGAAGUCUGUGAGGAGGAAAGGUGACCUCAUAUUACGUCCCGAGGAAGGAUUCUGGACUUUGUGGCGGCACAGCGCCGAGUACGGGGCCUCGAACUCCCCUGACCGCCCUCCUCUGUUCCGGAGUAGGAAGCUGAAGACGGUCCGAGUGUCUCUGAACUGCGCUGGGUUGCAACUGUCCUUCUUUGACGCUGACACGGCAGUCCCGCUCUACACAUACUCGGGAGCCCAGUUCUCUGGAGAGACCCUUUGUCCCUUCUUCUAUACAGAUGGAAUUGGCCCCCUCAGACUCUCUUGGUGAGGUAGCCAUGUGGUCUUCAUCUCAGGGCCCAUCUGCCUUCUUCUCACUACACUAAGAUGGUUAAGAAGAAGAAAUCCAUACUUUAAAGGCCAAGUGCCCCGUUUACAUCACUUGCAAAGCUUUCAGCAGACUUCCUGUCACUCUGACUAAAACUAAAUUUCUUAAAACAGACAGGCACUCAUUAAUGGCCACCCAUGAUGCCACAAUGAGCAGCGUGAUCAAAGAAAGGUGGGACAGAAAUGUUACAAACAAAAUAAAUCACGCUCCAGUCUAUUCUCAGCCAAGGCAGUUUCUGUAAACUGAUAUCUCCAACCACCCUUGCUCUCAGUCUUAAUCUCCAUUUUCCUUCUCACCUCAACUGCCAGGACUUCCUCUCAUUUUUAAAUUAUAAAAAACCUCAUUCAACACUGUUAGAACUUAGGGAGGUUGCUGUGACUUUUGGGCAAAUUUUAUAUGUUCAAAAUCUCUGGUGGCUCCUGGAGCUGAAUGCUGGCAGGGGCUUAUCUUUUAGAGAAUGUUAAUUGUGAUGUGGUUGGAUUAGAUUGUAAGCACCUUGGGGCAAGGAGCUGGCAUUUUCUUAUAUACUACCUAACACUCUGCAUGUUGAUCCGGCAAUAUAUUUUUAAAAGAUA